AUGGCAGGCCGCGUCAAGCGCGUCUCGUACGCGCUGGCCCGGACGUCAUCUCAGUUCCUCCCCUUCUCGACGACCGCCGCCAUCGCCCCCAUCUCCACAAUUCGCCGCGUCGCCAGCACCAACCAAGACCGAGGAUGCAGCGACGUCGCAGUUUAUCCGAGCUCGAUGGCCAUGGAUCAUGACGCGACCACGCCCACCAGCCGGAAGCGACAGCUCCCCCAGGCAGAUGCCGCGCCGGCCUCGACCCCGGCGUCCAGCAAGCGCAUCAAGCUCGACGGUGCGAGCCCUCAGUCGCCCUCGACGCCCAGAGCCCUAAACGCCAUUGCCUCGGCCAUCUCAGGCGUCUUUGGAUAUGCCCGCCAACAGCAGAAGCCUGCAGAUAGCGGCACCGCUUCUGAAAGCACUUCUCAGCCACACGCCGCAAAUGGCAAUGUUCUUGCAGCCAACCCCUCUUCGCAAGCCCCCGCUGUCCCCCAUAUCCGGCCGGCAAUAAAAUUGGCGGCGCUCAGAGGAACAAAAUGGGACAAAGGGGAUAUUGUCGGCCCCAAGCUGGCAAGGAAAUCGGCGGCCACUUCAACGAGGGCGACACCGAGCAAGGCCCGAGGUCGGCCAAAGAAUGGCAGUGCAGCGUCCGCUUCGAAUCGCCGCCCCAACGGCGCACCCCCAAAUGGACUCGCCACCGACGACGGUUCUGGCCCUGCCGAUGAGCUUGCUCCCAUAGACUUCAUCGCCGAUACACCAACAAAGAACCGUUCCGUACCGCCCAAAUCCCGCACUGGGAUGACCCCCAAGGGAAUCUUGACUCCUACCAAAAAAAGGGGCCGCCCACCGAAAAGCGUCACCUUUAACAAAGGGCUUAGCGGCGAGGUGUUUUUCGAAGACCUGCCCAAGACUCCCAGCGCCAAAAAGUCCCGGGCGUCCAGGAAGAAGGAGGCGGAGGCAGAAGAGAAUGAUGACGAGAUUCGGUGUGCAAUAUGUUCAAAGCCAGAUUCCAAGGCGCCCAACGAGAUCAUCCUCUGCGACAAUUGCGACUUUGCCGCUCACCAGCUGUGCUAUGAAGUGUCAGAGAUUCCAGAGGGUGAUUGGUUGUGCAAAUCUUGCGCCCAAGAAGACGUUCUCCAGACCCCGAGCAGGCCUGCAGAUGCUGGCAGGAUAAAUGCCCUCGCUGCCCCCGCCCCCGCGGAAAUCCCCGACAUACCCAACUUGGAGCAGCACCUACGCUCGUUUCAGCGGGUUCUCCUGGACAGGUGUUGUGGGCGGCGGCGCAUACGCAUGUUUGGGCACGACGAAUCCUACGACAAGGCGCGUCAGUUGGUUGAGCAAACGGUCGUUGCUGGAGAGGGCAACUCCAUGUUGAUGAUAGGGCCCAGGGGUUGUGGCAAAACGACGAUGGUGGAGAACAUUAUACUGGACUUGUCACAAGAGCAUCGGCACCUGUUUCACGUCGUCAGACUCAGUGGCUUUAUCCAUACCGACGACAAGCUUGCACUUAAGGAGAUAUGGCGUCAGCUCGGUAAGGAGAUGGAGGUUGAGGACGAACUCGUGAGCAGGACAAACUACGCAGACACCAUGGCAUCGCUGUUGGCAUUGCUAUCGCACCCGUCGGAAAUCACGGGAGCGGACGAGGGCGUGACUUCGCAGUCAGUCGUUUUCAUCAUUGACGAGUUUGACAUGUUUGCGUCUCAUCCACGGCAGACACUGCUGUACAACCUAUUUGACAUUGCGCAGUCUCGCAAAGCGCCGAUCGCAGUGCUAGGCUGCACGACGCGGCUCGACGUGGUGGAGAUGCUCGAGAAGAGAGUCAAGAGUCGCUUCAGCCAUCGAUACGUUUACCUUUCGCCGCCUAGGUCGCUUCCUGCCUUCUGGCAAGUGUGCCGGCAUGGCUUGAUGAUUGACCGGACGGACGUGGACAAGGAGGGGAUUGAUGCAGGCCUGGAGGGCUACGAGGAGUUUCAUAAGUACUGGACUCGAAAAAUUGAGGAGCUCUACAAGCAGCGGGCGUUCCAGAACCUGCUGCAGUACCAUUUCUUCACGACCAAAUCAGCAUCGGCAUUCUUUACGGAGUGGAUCUUGCCGCUGUCGUCGGUUUCGGCGCGAGACGCGACGCUGAACUGCCCGACGGCUGGUGCAGAGCUUACGUCGCUGGCGCCACCCGACUCUCGACUGCAGCUUCUGCCGACGCUGUCGGAGCUGGACCUGGGCAUGCUCAUCGCGGCGGCCAGGCUAGACAUUGUGGCUCACACAGACACGGUCAACUUUGCUAUGGCCUACGACGAGUACAGCGGGUUGGUGGGAAGGCAGCGGGUGCAGUCGGCAACGUCGGGGAUGCUGGCGGUGGGAGGCAGCGCGCGGAUCUGGAGCCGCGGAGUGGCGGGCAUCGCGUGGGAGCGGCUCAUCUCGCUGGGGAUGCUCGUGUCGGCGGGCAUCGGGGGCAGCAGAGCGCCGGGCCACGGGGGGCUCGACGGCAAGAUGUGGAAGGUGGACGUGGCGCUCGAGGAGAUCCCGUCGGCAGUGAAGCUGGGCGCCGUGCAGGCCAAGUGGUGCCGAGAGAUUUAG